AAGACCGGAUACCAUCGUCACAAGCAAAGCCACAGUGGCGCAAUGCUGUUCGUAUGUCAGCACUGCAACAAGACGCUUCGCUUUCGCGCUGCUUUUAAAGCUCACUUGCUAAUUCAUAGUGGUGAAAAGCCAUUCUUGUGUAAGUAUUGCGACAAAGCAUUCCGGCACUACAACGCUCGAAAGGUGCACAUGCGCUUGCAUACCGGUGAACGGCCGUACCAGUGCCAGCUAUGCAAUAUGACAUUCGUCUACGGCCAAAGAUACAAACAACAUAUUGAGCAAAUGCAUUUCUCGGUCGAAAAUAGAACGGCAUAA